CAAUGACGGGCAACGGUCCCAACAUUGUGUACGAAUGGCUGAAGACCCUUCAGCUCUGUCAGUACGUGGAGUCUUUCGUCGACAACGGAUACGAUGACCUGGAAGUCUGCAAACAAAUCGGGGAUCCCGACCUGGAUGCCAUAGGGGUGUUUAGCCCGCACCACCGGCAGAGGAUCCACGCCGCCGUGGAGAGGCUGAGAGAGGAGGACAAAGAGACGGCCACCGGCGUGUACUUUACCUUGGAGCCGCUGCCUGAUAGCUGCACCGCCCGCGGGGCAGAGCAUCGGGAGACCAAGCUCAAAGGAUGGAAAGCAAGAACUGUGCAUAACGGGGAGCGCGCUGGAAUGAGCCAGGGGUGCAAACCCGCCAACAAGAGUGUCAGCAAUCGUAAAGAACAGGUGACCUAUCCCAAACUGAAGCUGAAGAUAAUGAUGAGGGAUAAACUCGCCAAAGAUGGAAUUAACCUCAGUCAGGCGCCCUACUCCAACAAGGAUGGUUCUCUGGGGAACAUUGACGACCUGGCCCAGCAGUACGCCGAGUAUUACAACACCUGCCUGAGUGACGUCUGCGACCGCAUGGAGGAGCUGCGCAGACGCCGUGUGUCGCGGGACAUGGAGCCGGGGAAAGUGGACCCGACCCCUGCCUCCUUACAGCUGCGGUCAGAGAUUGAGGAGUCCCUGGGACUGAGCUGCACGGUGUCCACCCCAGAGACGGAGAGGAAGCUGGGUCUGCACCAGGUGAGCUCUGAGGAUGGACCCGGAGGAAAGUGGGACGGUAAGAAGAGAAACAGGUCCUUCUGGCAGAACUUCCGCAAGUCCCAGAGGGGCGUCCCGUGGCAGACGACUCGAGGGGAGGACGCGGGCUACCUGGCCAGCGAGAUCACCAUGAGCGAUGUGGAGCGCGUCCAGCUGAUGGUGAUGGUGAAGGACAAGAUGAUCUCAGUGGAGGAAGCAUUGGCACGGCUGAAGGAGUACGAGACCCAGACCGGACAGUCCGGCUGCACAGACGGCUCGGAGCGGAAGGACCUGUGCGGCCCCAACGUGAACCAGUCCUCAAACUGCAACUGCCAAGACCAAUCAGACGAGGAGGCUGACGACUCUGUGCCAUUCAGGCGCCUGCAGAAGCUGAUGGGCUCCGCACGCAGGGGGAAGAAGAAGCCAAUCAGAGCAGAGGAAGAGAAGAGGUCACUCCCACCAGAGCCACAGGGCUUGGAGGCGUCCCCUCUGUGCGUGGGGGAGAGGCGGCCGGUGGCCCCCCGGGACAUGGCGCCGUCCUGCCUGCUCCUGGAGCAGCGGUCCCUGGAUGGAGCCGCGGGGAGCCUGACCACCUCACCCUCCUCCAGCAGCCUGGACACCUGGAGCAGCCUGGUCAAGCUGGGGAAGACCCCCGCCGAGCCCAGCCACGCCCCAGCCUGCCGGGGGGGGAGGAGCUGCGCGGGGGGCGGGGGCAGCGGCUCCUCCUUCUCAGAGGCGGAGUGCUACGGUGAGGAGGACCCCGAGGUGUCCUGCAGCGUGCCCGAUGGCGAGGUGCACGGAGCCCUCAGCUCGCACGGGCAGGAUAAAGAGCAAGAGGUGGUUUUUAGGGAGAUGGUGAAGUCCCCUCCCCCACCUCGACUCUCUCUGGGCAAGAAGGUGAGGUCAGUGACAGAGACCAUGAGAAAACGCAUAUCCAAGAAGUCCAGCAGGUCUCUGUCUGAGCAGUCGAGCCCCGAGGCCAUGCCCAGCUCCCCGCAGCGGGACACCGACCCCCUGGACACGCCCGUGCUGAAGGCGGGAGGAUCUGUGGAGAGUCUGAGGAGCUCCAUGAGCGGCCAGAGCUCCAUGAGCGGUCAGACAGUCAGUACGACGGACUCAUCGGUCAGUAACCGGGAGAGCAUGAAGUCUGAGGAUGGGGACAACGAGGAGCCAUCGUACCGAGGACCCUUCUGCGGGAGAGCCAGGGUGCACACCGACUUCACCCCCAGCCCCUACGACACCGACUCCCUCAAACUCCGGAGAGGGGACCUCAUCGACAUCAUCAGCAAGCCCCCCAUGGGCACCUGGAUGGGGCUUCUGAACGGCAAGGUGGGCACCUUCAAGUUCAUCUAUGUAGACGUGCUGAACGAGGAAGAGGAGAAACCCAGACGGCCCACGAGGAGGACGAAGGGCAGGCUGCCCAAGCCCACAUCGCUGGAGGAACUGCUGGAGCGUGUCAACCUCAAAGAGCACAUGCCCACCUUCCUGCUGAACGGCUAUGAGGAUCUGGACACCUUCAGGCUCCUGGAGAAGGAGGAUCUGGAUGAGCUGGCCAUAGAGGACCCCCAGCACCGCGCAGUGCUGCUGACUGCUGUAGACCUGCUGCAAGAGUGUGACAGUGACAGUGACUCGGAGAGGGACGGUCACUCUGACUCCCAGGAGAACCUGGAGUCGGUCCAGGAGGGCAUUAUGGGAGAUUCCCCACGGGACUCCGGCUGCUACGAGAGCAAUGACAACCUGGAGAACGGUAACAAGAACCUUUUACACUCUCCCUCUGCCUCAGCCUGAAGCUCUACUCCCUCCCACCCAAAUCUGAAGCUGAACUCCCAUCUGCCCAAAUCUGAAGCUGAACUCCCUCCUGCCCAAAUCUGAAGCUGAACUCUUUCCAGCCUCAACCUGAAG